ACCCUUCUCUCGGCCCCUCACAAGAGACCCAUAAUGAACCACACGCCUUCGACGCUCUCUCACUCCCCUACCUUAUCCUCCCUCCACCAACACAAGCACCACCAUAAUGCCUCACCGUAUCCUUCCAAUUUGUCAUCGUCAUCGCCGGCUUCUUCUUACCUGUCUCCUUUUCAUAUAUCGCCGAACACCAGAGCCGCCGCCCUCCGUCUCCUUCGCCACCUCCGCCACGUUCGCCGCCUUCGCGUCCACCUCCGUCUCCUCCUGCUCUUCUCCCUCCCGUCCUUCUAUUUUUUCUUUUCCAACCCCCGCAGUUCAUUCCUCCUCGACUUCCUCUCUGCCCUCGCUUUCUCAACCGUGCUCCUCCUUUCCCUUAACCUAACCCUCCCUCGCCUACCCUCAAUCCGGCUCCUCCUGUCCCGCUCCUUCCCUCUCAAAUUAUCUUCUCCUUCCUCCCGCCCUCCUCCCCCGGUUCUUUGGUCAAUUGGGUCGAAGACAAAAACGGAGAAACGGGUCAAUUCGGGGUGUUCCGUUCAGGUUUACAGUAAUGGAGACGUCUACGAGGGUGAAUUUCAUAAAGGGAAGUGCUCAGGGAGCGGGGUUUAYUAUUAUUACAUGAGUGGGAGGUAUGAAGGGGAUUGGGUUGAUGAGAGGUAUGAUGGGUAUGGGGUGGAGACAUGGGCAAGGGGGAGUCGAUAUCGUGGGCAGUACAGACAGGGUCUAAGGCAUGGUCUUGGGGUGUAUAGAUUUUACACCGGGGACGUUUAUUCUGGAGAGUGGUCGAAUGGGCAGAGUCAUGGAUGCGGCGUUCAUACCUGCGAGGAUGGAAGUCGAUAUGUUGGGGAAUUCAAGUGGGGUGUCAAGCAUGGCCUGGGCCACUAUCAUUUCAGAAAUGGGGACACCUAUGCUGGAGAAUAUUUUGCAGAUAAGAUGCAUGGUUUUGGAGUCUAUCGUUUUGCAAAUGGGCAUCGGUAUGAAGGAGCUUGGCAUGAAGGAAGAAGGCAAGGACUUGGGAUGUACACAUUUAGGAAUGGGGAGACACAAUCUGGCCAUUGGCAAAAUGGUAUCCUUGACAUUCCAAGCACACAGAACACCCAUCCUGGAUCUCCUGUUGCUGUUAAUCAUUCUAAAGUACUCAAUGCAGUCCAGGAAGCUAGACGAGCAGCAGAGAAGGCAUAUGAUGUUCCCAGAGUUGAUGAGAGGGUGAACAGGGCUGUAGUGGCAGCUAAUAAGGCAGCCAAUGCAGCAAGAGUUGCUGCUGUAAAGGCUGUCCAGAAGCGAAUGCAUCAUAGCAGUAGCGAUGACAUACCAAUUCCAAUUGUAUGACAACUAAUGUUCCAUCCACCAUCAGCAGCAUCAACAUCUUGUUUCCACUGCAGCUGAGGCGAAUAAUUGAACUAAACCAAAAGAAGUUUUGCUACCAUUGGUCUUUUUUUCUUCUAUAUUGUUAUUUUCUCUUCUGCAUUUUCCUGCUUUUUUCCCAUCAAGAGGAUAGCAAUUGUGAGGUGCCUGCUUGGAACCACUUUCAGUUGGAAAAUGUUGCUGAUUGAGGAGCAUGUUGGCUCUCUUUUUGCUUCAGUGUAAUAUGUACAUAGGAUGAGUGAUAGAGGAGUAUGAAGACUGGCACUAACAAAGUGCUAGGUGUAAAAGAGUUCUAAUUUUGUUUUUCCAUUUGGUCCUUUUUUCUUUGUAAAGGGUAGAUGUAAUGUUGGUGGUGGUGCUAAAGUUGAACUUAGCAUGGCCACGGUGUUGUAUCUGAACUAUGGCUUAAAAGAAGAUAAUGGGGAGUUGAUGUAAUUGAUUCUCUCUC